AUGCUCUCAACCCCUGAAAUCUCUCCUGUCCAUCUUCUCUUUCGUUAUAUUUCUAUAAUUAGAACUUGCUUUGGUUUUUUGGGUGUUGGGUAGUUUGAUACUAUAUUGUUUUUGUUUGGGGAGUGGAAUGAGAGACGCAGGAGGGGGCACAAUGUUCGCAGAGGCUGAUAGCAUUCCAAGAGCCAAGUUUGGCAACAUUAUGCAUUCGGAUCCUAACCUUUCCGUUACUGCUCCUGCGAGCGAUGAUGAUUUGUGCCUUCGUUACAGCAGCGCAUCCGCUGCCAGCCCUGCCUUUUAUGACAAUAGGAUGAGCGGCGAUGGCUCACCCUUGACCAUGUCACCAUGGAACCACGUCUCCUUUCAGCAAAUCUCCAUGGACCCUUUCGAAGAUGACAACGUUCCAGCGAACAGUCUCAUCGGCUCGCUUAUACGUGAAGAAGGCCAUAUUUAUUCCUUAGCGGCCACAAAGGAUUUACUUUACACUGGCUCUGAUAGCAAGAACAUUCGUGUGUGGAAGAAUCUCAAAGAAUUCACCGGCUUCAAAUCAAACAGCGGUUUGGUUAAGGCCAUUGUGAUAUCCGGUGAAAAGAUUUUUACUGGUCAUCAAGAUGGGAAGAUUCGUGUUUGGAAAGUCUCUCCUAAGAACCCCAGCGUUCACAAACGAGCGGGAACUUUGCCAACUCUCAAAGAUAUCCUUAAAAGUUCCAUUAAACCGAGCAAUUACGUGGAAGUGAAGCGUAAGCGCUCUUUAUGGAUCAAACACUCGGAUGCGGUGUCUUGUUUGAGCUUGAACGUGGAUCAAGGUCUUCUUUACUCUGCUUCGUGGGACAGAACCUUGAAAGUUUGGAGAAUUUCUGAUUCCAAAUGUCGAUCCAUUCAUGCACAUGACGACGCUGUCAAUUCUGUCGUUUCGAGCAAGGCAGGAAUGGUUUUUACUGGCUCAGCCGAUGGAAGCGUUAAAGUGUGGCAAAUGGAACUGCACCGGAAAGGAACAAAGCAUACAUUGUCUCAAACUCUUUUACAACAAGAAUGUGCGGUUACUGCCUUAGCAAUCAACACCCCUGGUUCGGUAGUGUACUGUGGCUCCAGCGACGGUCUGGUCAACUUCUGGGAACUUGAAAAGCAAUUAUCUCACGGCGGGGUACUUAAAGGGCACAAGCUGGCGGUUCUUUGCCUUUCUGCUGCAGGGAAUUUGGUGUUUAGCGGAUCAGCCGAUAAGACUAUAUGUGUUUGGCGGAGGGACGGCAACAUCCACACAUGCCUCUCGGUGCUGACAGGGCACACCGGGCCGGUGAAGUGCUUGGCUGUGGAAAAAGAUCAGGAAUCGGGGAAUGAGCAGCGGUGGAUUGUUUACAGUGGGAGCCUUGAUAAGUCCGUGAAGGUAUGGAGCGUUUCGGAGUUUGCCCAAAUCGGAGCUGCGCAACAGAAUCAGCAGAUGGAGAGUUAUGAUGCGGGGUCCUUCCCAUCUGAUGGGAGCUUGUCGUCUGCCAGCAGAGCCAGCCAGAAUAGGAGGUACUGAUGCCAAGGAAUUUCGUAUGUUUGCAUUUUAGAGAUUCUGAUGUAACCUUAUCAUGCCACGUGUACAUGAUUUAUAAUGAAAAUCUGUUGUGCUUGACACGUGGAAUUGAGGGUUUUGUAGUAUAGUGUAUGUUGCCUAUUGGGAUUUGCUUAUCAGAGAGGGUGAAAGGAUCAACUGGAAUUUUUUCAAUGGGUAUAUAUUAUGUAAUGCUUUUUGUGGACUUGAUGAUUGGCUACUAAUGAAAUGGAGACAAAUUAAGGUAUGCUUUC